UUUGAAACACUUCACGUUUUCUCCAAAAAAAUCUGCAUUACAAUACUAAAUAUGACAUUUUCAACCAAAACUAUGACAUUUCCUCCCAGAAAUGACAGCUUUCUCCCAAAUAUGUGACAUUAGCUCCCAGUCAUAUGACAUUUUCUCCCAGAAAUACCAGUUUGUUCCACAAAAUAUGGCAUUUUCUCCCAGAAAUACACUUGUCUCCCCAAAUAUAUGUCAUUAUCUUCUUCCGGAAAUACCAGCUUUUUCCUUAAAAUAUGGCAUUUUCUACCCGAAAUACCAGCUUGCUCACAAAUACAUGACCUUUUCCCCCCAGAGAAAGUCAUUUUCUCCCAGACAUACCAGCUUUCUUAAAAAUGCCUCACAUCUCCUCCCAAAUGUACUACUUCACACUCCUCCAGAUGACUCUUAUUCCAACAAUUUGCCAUUUUAUCACAGAAAUACAAUUUUCUUCCCAAAGAUAUGACAUAUAAUGCAAGAAAUACCAUUCUGCUCCCAAAUACGUGACACUUUCUCUGUCAAUGCCAGUUUUCACGCAAAUACAUGACUUUUUCUUCCAGAAACACUCUUUUAAUCCCACAGAUGAUCCCAAAUGGUCCCACAUGGUCCCAAAAGACCAUGACAUUUUCUCUCAGUUUUACGAGUUUUUUCCUAAAAAUAUGGCAUUCUCAACCAGAAAUACCGGCUUUCUCAGAAAUAUAUGACGUUUUCCAACAAGAUAUGAUCUGAUCUCCCAGAAAUACCACUUUUCCUAGAAAUACCUUGCAUUUUCUUCCAAAUGUACUACUUUACAUUCCUCACUGUGACAUUUUCUCCCGCAUAUAUGACAUUUUCUCCCAGAAAUGCCAGUUGUUUUUCCCAAAACAUGGCAUUAUCUCCCAGAAAUAUCAGUUUCCUCCCAAAUAUAUGACUUCUUCUCCCAGAAAUAUUGGUUAUCUCCAAUAUAUAUGACGUUUUGUAGCAGAAAUGCCAGUUUUCAAUCCUUGCUGUGACAUUUUCUCCCAGAAAUACCAGCAUUUGCCCAAGUCCCCACACAGUGCCAAAGGGGCCGUUUGGGAGCCCCGCCGGCUGCAGUGGGGGUCCACGCCAUCAGCCCACUGCCAGGAGCCCAGGGAUGGGAUGGGCUGCUCUGUCACUCCACGUGCCGAACAGAACCCGACCCCAACCCCAGCACCACUGCAGCCCCAUUGCUGCCACAAGUGCUGCAGAGAUGCCUGGGUGCAGACGUGGCCUCUGGCUCUGCCUCGGUCCCGGUCCCUUGGGUCCGUAGGUCCCAGCACAGCCGUCCCACAUGGCUCGUCUGUUGUCUUGCAGGAGAAGCAGCUCAUCGCUCAGCUGGAAAAGCAGCUGCAGGCUGAGACGGAGCAGAUUGAGGUAGUGUGGAGGGGCGAAGGGAUCGGGGCUGCCUGGGGACCUGGAGGAGAGCUGCAGCAGGCACAGGCACUCACGCUUUUUUCUGCCAGGUGCUGUGCCAGGAAAAACAGUGCCUGCAAGAGGAACAUGAGGAGCUAGAGCUGGAGAGUGCCUGGUGAGUGGGACUAGGCAGCAGCGGCGCAGCGGGGCUGCCUGGGGAGUGGAUCUGCCCCACUCACGGGUACCGCCGCUAUAAAUGCCGUCCCGCGAUUUCCAUGGCUGUCUGUGCCGCUCCUGACACUGAGUGCAGCCGGACCCAGGGGCGGCAGAGGAGGAGGAGGCAGCUGAGAAGGAGGAGAAGGAGGAGAAGGAGGAUGCUGUGCGCCUUGGUGGCUGGGUCUCUGUGGCUGCGGGUGAGCCCGUGGGCGCAGGAUGCACCGUGCGAGGCGGUGCACAUCCCCAUGUGCCGCCCCAUGCCCUGGAACAUCACCUGUAUGCCCAACCACCUCCACCACAGCACGCAGGAGAAUGCUGUGUUGGCCAUCGAGCAGUACGAGGAGCUGGUGGGCACCGGCUGCAGCCCAGUGCUCCCCUUCCUCUGCACCAUGCACGCAUCCAUCUGCACGGCGGAGUUCUUCUACGACCCCAUCAAGCCCUGCCGCUCCGUCUGCCGGCGCGCCCGCGAUGGCUGCGAGCCCAUCAUGCGCCGCUACAAUCACAGCUGGCCCGGCCUGGCCUGUGACAACCUCCCCAUCUACAACCGCAGUGUCUGCAUCUUCCCCGAGGCUCACCCCCCGAGGGUGGGUGAGCGCCUGGCUGGGGGUGGCGGGGCAGCAGGGGGUGGCCCAUGACCUUGCAGCACCCUCCAACCCGACCCCCCCGACAGCCCCUCUGUUUGCAGAUGGGAAGUGGAUGGCCUUCACACAGGGCAUGCUGGUGCUGGACAGACCCCCACAGCCCGAGUGCAGGAGCCGCGGCCAGGGUGAGCCUGGGGGGCCUCCCCACCUCCCCUUCCUGCCCCACACCCCAUAACCGCUCCCCUUCUCUCCCCCUGAAGAGCGAUGCAGGUGCAAAAAGACUAAGUCUACGCUGUCGACCUACCUGGCCAAGAACUACAGCUACAGUAAGUGCUGCAGGCUUUGCCCUGCUCUAUUUCCCACCCCCAUGCUUGCCACCUCUCCAGGCCCCAUCUCCAAAUCACAGGUGUUGAGGCUUCUCCAUCCAACACUUUUCGUGGGCAGCAAUGACCAACACACAGAUGUUGGUCACCAUUUCCCACUUUUCUGGGAAGAGUGGAAUUUCGGUAGUGUAUGAUAGGAGCAACAGGUCACCCUGCAGGAAUAGCUCUUGCUGCUGCAAAGGGCUCUCCACUGAGUGCGGAUGAGUGUGGCCCGAUGCUGCUUGGCCAGUUCCCAUGCUUGUCCAGCAGCUGGAAUUAACAGAUUUAUUACCUAAAUAGAGCUUUUAAAUGUAUACAAAGCCACAGCGAGGUAAAAUUUUUUUAUUACUCAUGUAUAUGCUUCUACUUGCUAGCCGAAGCUUCAUCUUGUGGAGAAUUGUCACAGGUUAACUGAAUUCAGCGACAAUUUGCAGCAGCCAGGCGAGAAGUUGGCUGGUGGUUUUUGUGUUGCAUGACGCUGUGGCUGUACAAUUAAGAAUUCACUGCAUCCCUUGCCCUUCUAUCCCAUCCAUGGGCUUUCUGCUGCUGGGAGUCCAGAGAAACAGUAGUUAACAUUGGUUACAUACCAGCUUAA